GCAAAACUUUUCGAAUCUCGAAUUCUCACAAGGCAUCUAAUGUCCACGACUUCUAAUGUACAUUAUUACAAAGGGAAUGACUACAGACCUUCUGUUGGAAUCAUACUACAAAAAAUGGGAAAUCGAGUGGUGAAGAUAUUAGACAUCAAAGAUCACUCAGUUCAUAACGGACACCUAGACAAAGUGACAAUAAAUGAAGUAGGUCGUUCCAAUUAUAAUAUUAAUAAUUCCGCUACUAAUCCUGAUUUUGUAGAUAAUUCUGAAAUAAGUCGGAUAACAGUGAUGAAGAUAAUAU